CACUCCAAAUUCCCCCAAAUUCAAAACUCAUAAACAUAAAAAUGAAAUCCAUCAAUUCCCUCGAUCGCUCAAUCUCCUCCACCAAUUCCGCUCCCUUCCUCUUCCCUUCCACCUCCGCCCACCGCCACCGUCGGCUACCACUGGCCGUAACCGUAACCGCUUCGUCUCGAUCCUCAGCCGACAAAAACAACAACAAUUAUUACGCGAGCGGGAAAGUGGUGGACGAGAGCAUGAUCGUGCUCCGGAAACGAAUCCAUGAAAUCAAGAUGGCAGAGCAAAGCCACGAACCGCCGGCCGAUUGGCUUGAUUGGGAAAAACGGUAUUAUUCCGAUUACGAUUCUCAUAUCUGUGAAGCUUUAGGCUAUCUUCAAACUCAUUUGAUGAAUACUCGGCCGAGCGUCGCUUUAGGAAUGCUUCUUCUUAUUACUCUCAGCGUCCCGUUUUCCUCCGCCAUUCUUCUCCACCGGUUCUUCCAAAUCGCCGCCGCGCUUCUCGCCGGUUUCUCCCCCUCUUAACAUCGGAACCACCACAGUCAGUUGCCUAUUCAGAAAUGCCGUCGUUUUCAUAUAAUGUAAUUUUAUAUUUUAUAUAGGGACUAUUUGGUCUUUGUACAGCUUACAUCUCAUUGUCUGUUUCGCUUUUCUGUUAUUUUAUUUAAACGGUCAAGUUUCUUUUUUAAUAUAUUAUACGACUUUCCUCUUUUU